GCCUGGGCCAGCUUCUUCCCAAAAAAACCCCCCGAGAGCCUGGAAAAAGGGAACAGGAAGAAGGUGUGGAUGAGGGAUGGAUAAUGGGAUGCAGGAAGCUGGGAAGCUGUGAGCCUCUCCUGGGAGAAUCCAGGGAUUCUGGUGGGGGCGGCGUUCCCAGUCCUUCCUGCCCCGCUCCGGCAUGGAGAGCUUUGGGAAUGGGGAGCGGCAGAGCUGGGGGAGCACCGGGAAUGGGAGCUGGGCUGCUUUUGGGGGGACGAAAUGCCGGAUCCUGCUCCGGGAUGGGGCUGGGGAGAAUUCCUGCAGCUCCGUUCCCAGUGUCCCAUCCCUGUGUCCCAGGAACUCCCAGUGUCCCAUCCCAGUGUCCCAGGGACUCCCAGUGUCCCAUCCCAGUGUCCCAGGAGCUCUCCAUGUCCCAUCCCAGUGUCCCACCUCAUCCCAGUGUCCCAGGAGCGCUCCAUAUCCCAUCCCGGUGUCCCAGGGACUCCCAGUGUCCCAUCCCUGUGUCCCACCUUAUCCCAGUGUCCCAGGAACUUCCUGGGUCCCAUCCCAGUGUCCCAGGAACUCCCAGUGUCCCGUCCCAGGAGCUCUCCAUGUCCCAUCCCAGUGUCCCAGGAACUCCCAGUGUCCCAUCCCAGUGUCCCGUCCCAGGAGCUUCCAGUUUCCCAUUCCAAUGUCUCAUCCCAGUGUCCCACCUUAUCCCAAUGUCCCAGGAGCUCUCCAUGUCCCAUCCCAGUGUCCCAGGAACUCCCAGUGUCCCAUCCCAGUGUCCCAGGAGUGCUCCAUGUCCCAUCCCUGUGUCCCAGGAACUCCCAGUGUCUCAUCCCAGUGUCCCAUCCCAGUGUCCCACCUUAUCCCAGUGUCCCAGGAGCUCCCAGUGUCCCAGGAGCUGCCGGUGAGGGUGGAUUUUAGGGACAGCAGCCGGAUUUUAGGGACAACACUUGAAUCCCACCUUCCCGUCCUUGCAGGAUUUAUCCCAACAAUCCCACGGAGCUCCCGCUGUUCCUCGAACCUUGGGGGCAGCUUUUCCCAAAUUCCGGCCGGAGGGGGAGGAUUUGGAUCUGAGAUCAUGGAGGAGGAGGCUGUGGGAUCGGGAAUGGGGGUGUGGGAUCGGGAAUGAGGGUAUGGGAUC